GCAUGCACGCAUCUUGACUGGUCAGCAGGACAGGCAGACGCGGCACAGACACGGCGCGCGAUACGCGUUCCGCAUCGGUGCACGCUGCGCAGUGAUAUAUCGUGAUAGUGCUUUUGAACCUAGGCAUCACAAAGCGAUGGCUUGGAAGCAAAUCAGCACCGCCCUGGUAACGUUGACCUGGCUGCUCGCAUCAGUCAACCCUGAGCCUGGGUUCAUCAAUGCUGAAUCUCUAAAAAACAUCGCUAAUGUCACUUAUGCGGGAGAAAAGUCUGUACCGCCCGGGUUAGCGUCUAAAUUUUCACCACGUAUGGAUUUUGAGCAAUGGAAGCCAUUAACUGGACGAGGCGAUCCCCUCCGUAACGACCCCACUUAUGAUUACGAACCCCCUGUGCUGGAACGUGUUCACUAUUGGGCUGACGACACGCGACUCGAGCGAGAGCAUUAUCCCGAGAGGAAGUCUGAAAUCCUGAUGCUUGGCGUGUCUUCCCGUAAGCCCAGUGUUGGUUCACGACCACAACCACCGCCAUCGCCUCCACGUAGGCAUCAUCGACCUCCGCCCCCUAGGUACGAAGACUACUCAUACAAACUUAGCGAUCACUAUCAUAUGACAAUACUUGUGCCUCCACCGCUACCGCCUCCGGGUCAUAAACCUUCGCUCUAUAUUUUAGAGGAUAAUUUGCCACCGCAGCCAAUUUCACAUAUAAAAAUUACCGAUCCUCCCAAAUUGGUGAAACCUACAACUGUGGCCCCAGAACAUUUUACCAAGUCAUAUUCUCUGCAAGAAGCUAAUUUGAUUUAUCAAUCUUCAACUACGAGCCAAAGUUGGAUUUACAAUUCCAAUCAAACAAAUGCGUUGCCUAAUAGAGCUGUAAGCAGCGACUACGCUGGAUGGGGACCAACGACCCCCUUGGAUGAUACUGAAAUCAUAAAUGACGCUCAUAACCUGAUAUCUAACGACGCUUAUUCAUUUUAUAAACCUAUGUUAUCAGAAGCGCCACCUCCGCCACGCGUGACGAAAAAUCCAUUGCUUCUACCCAUAUUUAUACCUACCGCUCUACCACCUUUACAGGCGCCUUCAACUACGACCAGCAUAACACAACAAACUUGGCCUACAGAGCCUACCACCACCACUUCUCCGACAUUUACAGUAGAUUAUAAUGAACAAACCACAACUGACAAAGAUUUUACCACGAUGAUGUUCCAGUCUAAUACAGUUGCUAAUUCACAAACAAAACCGGGUGAAACUGUUUUGGAUAUGCUAACUCCCAUGAUGACCAUGCCGAUGGUAGAAUCAGAACGUUUUGAAGAUAGUCUCUACGCACACGCUUCAGAAAACUAUCAUGUUUUUAAAGAAAAUAAGCCCGAAGAUAUUGCCCAACUAGAAACAAUGCAGACUAUGCUGCCACCACCGUUAGUUAAACAAAGGGAAAAUACUACACCACCUAAAGAACUUUUCCAUGUUAAUCCUCAAAAGCAUACGUUCGCUCAUAAAAAGCCAUCAAUGCACACACAUGACCCUUAUUUACAUAUGCGUCACACUACACCAAUGCCAACUAUAGCAUCAUCAGUCGAUUCCGGUGAAAAUACAAAAUCUACCACGGAAGUACCGACUGUGUCAACAUACCUAAUAAUUCAAGGACACUCUAAAGUUAAGACUUAUAGUUCUAAGAUCAAAUCUGAUAAUAAUGAUACUAUCAAUAACGAAAUCCCAAAGCCAAAUGAAACCAAUGAAGUAAAGCAUUUGCACCCUAUCAAAGAAAAAUAUUUACAAAAACCUGAUAAGAGCGAUCGUAUUAGACGCAGCAAAGCUCAGAAUUUGAAGUCUCUAAUCGACGAUGGUCGCGGAUCGAUAGAAAUUCAGGAAACUGAUAUCGGAAUCAAGUACGAUAUAAGUGACGGCAGCGACGUGCCAGUGGAGAUUUACAGAAAAGGAAUAGUGGAUAACGAUGAAUUUAACUACUCUAAAAAUAAAGGGAAAAAUGAAAAGCGUACGAAAAGACAGGCAAGCUUGAGCGAUUUAUUACCGGACGAGGAUACAGUGGAGGAGUUCGUAUACAAUUUCUUGAAGAGGAAAAGGAACGAGACCGGGUUUACAGGUCUGAUAGCGAAAGUCGUAACGGGCAAAGAGGGUGCCGUGCUUGAUGAACUCGACGACGAUGAGAAUGACGAGGACGAUGAAGACGAAGACGACAACGAAUACAGAUGAAUCACCUUCAAAUGUCGUUGGGGACAUUAGAGUAAAUUGUGUAGCAGAUUACCAAAUACCGGUUUUUAUUUUGGAUUCUCGAAGUUACCGGAAAUGCGCCCAAGUUGGAAAACUACAAUUUUGUGCUUUAAAAACGGUGUUUAAUGUCGAUCAUGUUUAUUGAUUACAGACAACUAUGUACUUAAAUGUAGCCUAAUUAUAUUCAACCAUAUUGGGGAAAAUUGUAUUUACUUGCCUGUAAUGUUUUCAGAGUUACAGUGUAUAAUACUAAGACUAGAUCAUGCUCUAGGGGUCAAACC